UUGACUUUCAUUAGGGGUUGUAAGUUGACGACAUGAGGUGCCUAGUUGUCCUAGUUUUGGUCGCGGUGGCGCGGGGUAUGCCGAUGGCGGAGAAGGAAGAUCAGGGGAUCGUCGGGAGUGUUAUGGGUGUGGUGAAGGAGUGUGCUGAAGGCGAUGUGUCUCUGUGCUUGAAGGAGAAGGCAUUAAAGUAUGUGGAGACGUUGUCGUCAGCGCGGGAGUUGAGCCUGACGGACGGAGUGACACUGGUCGGCAGCGGCUCUCCCAGGUCUGCCCGCGCGCUGGAUCCUCUUCCCGAGGAGCCUAAGGCCCGGGAGGCUCUCGUGGAGUCGAGGCUGGUGGACUCUGCUGCUGAUUUGUUGGAGAACCAUGUCAUCCAGUUCAGGCUGCCGUCCUUCGCUGUUGAAGGCAUGAGGAGGUCCCUCGAUGAAGCUCGUGGCAAGAAGAAGAAGAUCAAGCAGCUCCUCCCCCUCCUGGCUCUCGCCAAGUUGAAGAUCACCGCUCUCAUCCCCCUGUUCCUCGCCAUCAUCGCCUUCGCCGCCGCCAAGGCUGUGCUCCUUGCCAAGGUGUCCCUCCUGGUCGCCGGUAUCCUGGCUCUGAAGAAGCUUCUGUCUCACAAACAUCAUGAGACCAGCUAUGAAGUCGUAGCCCACCCUCAUCAUGAUGAACAUUACGCCAGCAGUGGACACGGCUGGGGCCGAUCCAUUGAUGAUGCCCAGAACCUCGCCUAUGGCGCUCACGUCAAGUCUGAUUAAGCUAAGGAGUUCCACAAGGAUCAACUCUAUGGCCGCUAUUUUAUAGUCAAUAUCGAGAUGCGGGCAUUUAUGUCAAGAUAAUUUAAGCAGGCUUAUUUAUUUCUAGCCUUAGGUUAUUUAUUACUAUUUAUUUGAUCCCUUUGUAAGGGACUGUUGUUGUUUUCAUAAAUGGUUGUUCUGAGUUUGUAUGGCCCUUCUUGUUAUACUAUAUUAGUAUUUAUAUCAGACCCUAUACGGUAUCCGUAUUUGUGUAUUUUGUUUUCACAAUAUUUUUGA